GGUGAGGUUUGUUGACUACAGCGGAGUAUCGGAGCCUUAGUGUUCCCUUCUUAGGCAGCUCCUUGAAAACUCUCUCGAGACCGACUUCUCUCUCCCGAUGGCGGGUCCCGGAGCGACAGAGGAUAGAGGACGGGCAGAGGCGGCGACUCAGCUUCUACGCGGCUCCUGGAGACGCGCAGUACUCAGCCCAGUCCACGCGGCCGCAGAAAACACUUUGGUGUGGCUAGGGCGUGGCUGAGGGCUGGCCACGCCCCCUCUUUCCCAAUUUCCCCUCCACUCCUGAGUCCCAUUGGUCGUGAUGACACCCAAUGAGCGCCGGGAUCAAGGUCCAACCCCGGGUCUGACUCGAAAGCUCCUGCCAAAACUUUGGGAGUUUUUAGAGAGGAUUUUUUUUCCCUUAUUUUUUUUUUAAACUAACGGAUCAUUAUUGUUGUUUUAAAUUUAGCUCUUAGGGCUUAGCUGUUUGGGUUUUUCUUUCGGUGUCGGGCCCCUGUCUUCCCGGCUUCUCCGGAGUAGCCGAGCGAGGCCGCGCCCGCCUCCCGGCUCCAGCGCCGGGCGAUUGCCUCCAUCCCGCGGGGAGCGCGCCCGCAGAGCCGCCUUUCAAGCCAGGCCAGGGGCCCAGGCCCUGGCUGGCGGCAACCGGGCCCUCGCCUCCUCUCUCGGUGGCGCUAGGGCUCUCCGCCCGGCCCUCGGCUUCAGUGCAGGCGGAGAACCGAAAGCAGAUCAGGCUUGGCUGGAACACCGCCUCUCCCCUAGCACCUACCCAUUUACCCACUCACUCAGGAGCCGGCCAGGAUCCUGCCAGGAUGUUCGCAGCCGGCCUGGCUCCCUUCUACGCCUCCAACUUUAGUCUCUGGUCAGCCGCUUACUGUUCCUCCGCGGGCCCGGGCGGCUGCUCCUUCCCAUUGGACCCGGCCGCUGUCAAGAAGCCCUCUUUCUGCAUCGCGGACAUCCUGCACGCGGGCGUUGGGGAGCCGGGGCCAGCAGCAGAGGGACUGGUGGGGGCCUCGGCAGCCCUCACCGCACACUUGGGCUCGGUGCACCCGCACGCUUCCUUCCAAGCUGCCGCCAGAUCCCCGCUACGUCCCACCCCAGUGGUGGCGCCCUCAGAAGUCCCGGCCGGUUUCCCUCAGCGGCUGUCUCCGCUCUCGGCCGCCUACCACCAGCAUCUCCCGCAGCAGCAACCAACGCAGCAACAGCAGCCGCAGCAACAGCCUCCGCCUCCACCCCGGGCCGGCUCCCUGCAGCCAUCGGUUUCAGGGACGCGGGUGGUCCCCCACCAUAGCGGCUCCGCCCCUGCCCCUUCCAGCAAAGACCUCAAAUUUGGAAUAGACCGAAUUUUGUCUUCCGAAUUUGACCCAAAAGUCAAAGAAGGCAACACACUGAGAGAUCUCACAUCGCUGCUAACUGGUGGACGGCCUACAGGGGUGCACCUAGCUGGCCUGCAGCCUUCAGCCGGACAGUUCUUUGCAUCUCUAGAUCCCAUUAAUGAGGCCUCUACCAUCCUCAGCCCCUUAAGCUCCAACCCAAGAAAUUCAGUUCAGCAUCAAUUCCAAGACACGUUUCCAGGUCCCUAUGCUGUGCUCACCAAGGACACCAUGCCGCAGACGUACAAGCGGAAGCGCUCAUGGUCCCGCGCGGUCUUUUCCAACCUGCAAAGGAAAGGCCUGGAGAAGAGGUUUGAGAUCCAGAAAUAUGUGACCAAACCGGACCGAAAGCAGCUGGCAGCGAUGCUGGGCCUCACGGACGCGCAGGUAAAGGUGUGGUUCCAGAACCGGAGGAUGAAGUGGCGACACUCUAAGGAGGCACAGGCGCAGAAGGACAAGGACAAAGAAGCUAGUGAAAAGCCUUCGGUCGGAGGCCCCACCGAGGGCGAACGGGAGGAGGGAAGCCCCAGUCGAUCCGAGGGCGAGGCCGAGAGCGAGAGCAGUGACUCGGAGUCCCUGGACAUGGCCCCCAGCGACACGGAACGGACCGAGGGAAUUGAGAGGUCUCAGCACCAAACUACGGUCAUCAAGGCCUCCGCCGCGGGCGCCCUCAUCACAGCCAGCAGCAGUGCAAGUGGUAGCAACUUCAGCUUCAGCAGCGCCAGCAGCCUGGGUAGCAGCAAUACCAGCGCGGGGAGUGCCAGUAGCCUUAGCAGCAGCUGCCCGGAGCUACUCCCGGCGCACCAGCCCUCCGCCACCAGCAAUCCUCAAAGCCCGGAGCCUACCCAGGCCCCGCUUUCAGGCUUAUAGACUGGACCGAGAGCAUGGAGUGCAGCUUCCCCAACACUGCCUGGAGUUUGUGCCUACUUUAAGUUGGUGGCGCGAGGGUCAACGGGGUGGGAAACGCUGAGGGCAGCCUCUUCCGGAGUUCAUACAUUUUUUUUUUUCUUGCUGCCCAGGCUGCCCAAAGCCCACAGCUCCCAAAUGAGAGGAGGGUUUUGAGGUCCCAGCCAAAGAAAGAAUUCAACUCUUCUCCCUACCCAAGCAGCUCACCCUGUGAAGUGCUUGGUGGAACUGUUUCUCUGAGCACCCAGGGGUCUUG